AUGUCCAUCGAGCGUCGAAAUGGCCAGGCUAGUGUGCUGCCGCGAUAUCACCUCUUCAAGCCGCGGCGUCGACAUCGCCUCCACCCUAACAUCCAAACCUUCAGCACUCGUGUGACAGACGAAUGCCCCACCCGUUACUUCUCCAGCAUAGACGAGCCGAUCUGCUGGGGCAAAUGCGCCGCAGAGGCCAAGAAGAAAACGCCAAUGCAGAUGGUUUCAUCAAGAGCGGCUGUCGAGCUGUCUCUCUUUGAUCGCUUCACCAUUGUUACUGAGGAUACUGUCGGCAGCCAGAUCCAGGAACUAACUGACGGAAGUUUUAUACACGUACAAUACAAGAAGCCAGAUAUUCAAAUCGAGUCAGUAACGUUCCUCCCAAAUAUCAUUGGUGCUUUCGUAAAGUCCCGUCCGUCUGUCGAGUCAUAG